CGAUUUUAUUGGCAAUGGCAGCCCCCAAGAGAAACGCGAUAAGCAAUCGAGAUCUUUUACUUUGAGAAUCACAGUGUUGACAUAAGAGGCCCAAGUGGAAUAACGAUGGUUAAGAUAGUCGAGAGUUUUGCAAAAAGGUGGAAGCAGUACAAGUAUAGAUUCGUUCCAUGGAUUGCCUUGAAUUUUAGAAAAAGAAAGGUUCGAGUGGUAGACAGCGGCAAGAAUGACAAGAUUCUCCCUGACAGCAAAGUGGAACUCUCCCUUGUCCAGUUCUUCACAGGCCUAUCCAAACAGAACAAUGACUCUAGCAAUCGGGAUUAUAUCGACAAAGUUCAAAGGUCAAGACAGACGAACAAGGUUGAACGUGACAAGGGCUCUCAUUCAGCAGAAUUUCACGAGCAGUGUGCAGCAUGCCACUACGGGUUCCAAACGGGGGGUCACAUGAGGCAACGGAGACCCAAACAUGUCAGACAGACAGAUUUGGUAAUAAACUGCAGCUUCAACAUGUUGCAACUUCUCAACCAAAGAACACCUGCUUUAGUAUUAAAUUUGGACUGCUUUUUGAAGUGCAUACAUUUAAGAGUUAUCCUGGGGUGCCAGUAUGGAUGUUUUGGGUUUGGUCAGACUCUGAUCCCAAGAGACCAGUUUGGCGAGGAUUUUGUUGAUGGCAUCAUUUACCAGCAGACCACCACAACAGACACAAAGAGGCUUUGGAUACCACGUGAAGCUACUCCUUCAAGAAGUUUCACUAACAUGACUAACGGGACAUCACAGAAUCAUAUUUACCAAGUCCCGAGUGUUCAGGGUCGCAGAGUGGGAUACAAUGCAGGGUUGGACGUCAUGCAGAGAAUGCUGGGAUUCACCAUUGAGCGACAGCCAAGUAGCAUACCAGGGGGCGGGACUGGCGUGUUUGUGACUCGUGGAACAAUCCCAGCUGAGACUGUGGUUGCGAUGUAUCCAGGCACAGUCUACAAGUCAUGGGAGCCAAUUCUUCUUCAGUCCAUCACCAACCCCUUCAUAUUUCGAUGUCUUGAUGGCACAUUAAUUGACGGCAAUGACAAGGGUAUCUCAAGAAUGGUGUACAGGUCCUGCAGUCAGAGAGAUAGGAUGGGACCAUAUUUGACCUCUGACCUCAGUUGGUUGACUGAGACACCAAGUAAUCCGAUGGCAGUGGUUGAAAAAAGGUUGAAAAAAGAUAUUGAUGACAUUUCAAAUCCAGAGCAUAUGCAACUUUAUCCUUGUAUGACAGACAUCCAGGUAUUAUCCAGUAAAUGUUCUUGGCUUUUCCUAGAUAAUGAGGCCAAUGUAGCCUACCAAGAAUUUGACGUGCCCGAGUCAUUUCCAUUUCAACUUCUACGGUUUAUCCCGAAUGUGUUCUACAGCUCUACCUACCAACAGGAUGUUUCAUCAGGACCCAGACUGAUGCGUACAGUCGUGCUGGUGUCUCUGAGAGAUAUUCACUGUGGAGAGGAGCUGUUUUCUUCCUAUUUCACCAUCGUCCAUUAACGGAAGGGGUUGGUUUUCAACAAGUCCAAGACCACUGAACAUUAUUGAAUGAUGAACCAUCAAAGCCUGACCUAAUGUACUUUAAAAGUGACUGAAAUUGUGAGGCAUUUAAGGUGUCAGUUGGCAUUGAAUACCGAUAAUAAACUCUAAAAAUGGCAAAAAAAA